GACUCAAAACUUUUUUACUAAUCCUGAUUCAAGCGUACCAAAUUGACUAUAAUAAUAUUCAGUUUCUAGCUUCGAUGGCUUGACUUACUCGUUUCCAUGUUCCGGAGCUCAAGACAAAAGAUAUUGUCUAUAUAUACAGAGAAGCAACGGUUUAUUAUGAGCAGACUACGAGGUUGAUUUCAGAUUCCUUUACUUCAUCUCUCUUCUUCAAUCAUCAAACUUUAUAUAGUUUCCCGAAAAUGCCGGAGAAAGUUGUAUUCAAGUUGGAAGUUUUCGAGGAAAGAAUCAAACGGAGAGCUAUGAAAGUUGUAUGUGACUUUCCAGGCGUUACUUUGAUAGACGUGAAGGAAAAAGGCAAACUAAAGGUGAUGGGAGAAUUUGAUAAAUUUGAAAUGACGAAGAAACUCAAGAAGGUAUAUGAAUUUGUUGACAUUCUCGCGGUUGGACCGGAUGGUGAACCGGCGCAAAAUCAGAAUCCGGUUAAAAAGCCUGAACCAAAAGUGAAGAAAGCACCAUCUUUCCGUGGUUGGAAUUUGGGUUUCUUUAAGUAAUUGAUUUGGAUUGAAGUCGUGCGUGAUCGGUUUGGUUCUCCACGGAUUACUACUGUAUUCUAAUGAUAUAUUUCAUCCCAUUUUAUGACAAAAUUGUUUGUCCAUCAAGACAAAUUGUUUGUUUGGUUUCAAGUAAUUGUAUGUCCAAAUGUGCCAUCCAAGUUGGCUUUCUAGUGUGUUGCGUAACGUGAGGUGCUCAACUCUCUUAUUAAUUAAACUCUUAUUUGAAGCUCAA